UCAGACAUCGGGCACGUGGAUUUCCUGGAGAAGGUUCACCGGCUGGCGGAGAAGCCGUACAUCAUCGUGGGGCUGCACUUCGACCAGGAGGUGAACCGCUACAAAGGGAAGAACUACCCCAUCAUGAACAUCCACGAGAGGACGCUCAGCGUCCUGGCCUGCAGGGUGAGUGCCCCUGCGCCUGGGGCGCACGGCUGCGUCCUUGUGCAGGUGACGCUGGUUUGUCACGGGAUGACGGAGGUGGUGCCCGACAAGGACGGCUCUGACCCGUACCAGGAGCCCAAGAGACGCGGCGUUUUCCGGCUGGUGGACAGCGGCAGCGACCUCACCACGGACCUGAUCGUGCAGAGGAUCAUCAAGAACAG